AUGGAUGGGACGCGCGUCGGGCGGGAUGCCAUGAACAACUGCACCGACCAGGAGUACUGGGACGCCCUCGUCUUCCAGUGCAUCCCCUGCAGCCUCGUGUGUGGCUGGCCCACGGCGAGGAGGUGUGAUGCUGUGUGUGAGUCCAUGGACUGCAACAAGAGAGCUGGAUUCUACUACGAUGAGCUGGUGAAAAGCUGCAUCAACUGCAGCACGAUCUGUGGGCAGCACCCAAAGCAAUGUGCCUCAGCCUCUCACUCAUCUCUGUCUGACACAGCCACUCCCCCGGCGCCGGUGGCCGUGCUGGAGCAGAAGGCAUGUGCGGAGCAGGAGCCGUGGCUGGUGAUGUACCUGCUGCUGGGGCUCUGCCUCUGCAUCCUCAUCUUCUCCCUGCUCCUGGGCUGGACCCACCUGCGGAGGAAGGGAGAGGUUGUCUCCUGCCAAGCCAGCACUGGGACCUGCCACCGCAGGGAGGACUCUGCCAAAGACCGGCUGGUGGAGGCAGGCAGCGUUGGUGAUGGAUCCACAGGCAGCAGAGUCCCAGAGCCAGUGGAAACCUGUGGCUUCUGCUUCCCUGGACAUGGCUCUGGUGUACAAGAGACCAAAUCAUGUCACAGCACCUCGUGCCACAUUGGGGAGAGGGCUGCUCCCUCCUACACUGGGAUCUGCAGCACGGGAAGUGCUGGGGCCAUUCCCGGCCCUGACGAUGGCCACUUCAAGAUCAUUUGUUCUCCUUCCCAAGAGAAGACACCCAUGGUGUGA